CAUGAGUAGCACACCAGCACCGCCGUCGCCCACGCAGCUGCUCUUUGCGCGCGCCGUGAUCCUCACGAUGGAGCUCUGGCCCGCGAUGCGCAUGGCCAUUGGCGAGCAGUGGGGCGGCAUCGAGAGCGUCGACAAGCGCGACUUUCUCAUCUCGCACCUCUGCGACGAGUAUUCGACCGAAGAGCCAGCGUCAGCGUCAGCAGCAGCAGCGGCGCCGUCGUCGGCCCAAGCGAGCACUUCGUCGUCGUCGUCAGAAAGGAGAGCGCCGGCGACGCCAGACGUGGAUGACCUGGCCGAGACGCUCGAGGGCUACUUUUGCGACGAGUUUGAGACGAGGCUCGACGACGGCUCCUCGGACUGGAUCGCGGGGCGCAUCGUGUCGCUGCACAAGAUGGUUUACGCUGUAUUCCCUGCAGUGUCGGAUGCGGCGAGGGAGGAAGUUGAGAAGCUGCAGGAGGCCGCAUCAAAGCUGCGAGGAAGCAAAGUCAACAGCACGAGGCAGAGGAGGGAGGCAGACGACGAGAGCGGCAGUGGCAGCAGCAGCGAGGGGGACAGUGGCGACGAAGAUGACGACGAUGCAAUGGAUGUCGAUCAACAACCGAGAGAGCAAAGGCAGAACAAGCCGGAGCCGGUGGUAGAUGAGGAUGGCUUCACGACCGUCGUCAAGUCACGACGGCGGUAA